GUGUAUCGGAGCCCCUGGUCAGCUGAAUCGUGACCGCUCAUCACGGUUCUCCGAAACCCGAACAGGAGAACCUGUUGCAUAUAAAUAACAAACGCUUCUAAACAAUCGCUAUUAGAUUAGAUCGUAAACAUGAAGUGGUACCAUCUCGCGUUGGUACUUUUUUUAGUGGACCGCGGUCAGUUUGAAGACGCCCAACCUAAAGGGGUAGUUUAUUUAAUCGAAGAUAUUCACGAAAAGUUACCGAAAGAACAAGAAAAUGUUGACAAAACAUCGAAACCUGGCGUGUUGCUAGUGAAUCCUGUUAGUGAAGAUAAAGCUGGCGAUGGAGUUUAUUUCAGGCCUGAAACAGGCGCACCAGUUGAAGAAGGAACACGUUUAAUCGUCAAUGGGCCAUCAAGAAGUAGAAGAUCUUAUGGAGCCGGCGAGACUGGAGGUGGAGCCGGUGGAGGUUAUGGCGGAGGAUUUGGCGGUGGUUUUGGAGGUGGCGGCGGCGGAGGCGGCGGAGGAGGAGGUGGUUUUGGUGGUGGUUUUGGAUCAGGGGGCGGCAUUGGCGGCGGAUUGGGCCACCUGAAAGAAAUACUACUUGGCAAGGGCAAAGGAGGCGGAGGAGGCUUAGGAGGUGGCGCUGGAACUGGAGGAGGUUACGGAGGUUCAGGUGGUGCCAGCCAUGGAGGUGGCUCAAGUGGAGGCUAUGGUGGCUCAGCAGGAGGAGGUUACGGAGGUGGCUUCGGAGGCGGCGCAGGAGGGGGUGGCGGCUCAAGCGGAGGCUACAGUGGAGGUAGCGCAGGUUCUGGAGGCUAUGGAGGUGGUCCCAGUCACUUAGGACCUGGAGGUUUUGGAGGUGGCGCAGGUAAAGGAAUCGGAGGAGGAGGAGGUUAUGGAGGUGGCGCCGGAGGUGGUGCAGGCUCAAGUGGAGGACACGCAGGUGGCUCAAGUGGUGGUUACGGAGGUUCAGGCGGCCACGGAGGCGGCGUUGGUAAAGGAGGCGGAGGAGGAGGAGGUUUUGGAGGUGGUGCAGGCUCAAGUGGGGGAUACGCAGGUGGCUCAAGUGGUGGUUACGGAGGUUCAGGUGGCCACGAAGGCGGCGCUGGUAAAGGAGGCGGAGGUAAGCUGUUAAAUUAUUCAAGAGUUUGGCAAAAAUAUGAUAAUUUUUCUCUUAUUUUAGGAGGCUUUGGAGGUGGCGCUGGAGGGGGUUACGGCGGUGGAGCAGAUGAAUUUGCAACAGGAUCUGUAAAUAUUAUUGGAGGCGGCGGAGCUGGCCAUAGUAGUGGAGGCGGCGGCGGAGCCGGCCAUGGUGGUGGCGGAGGAUUUGGGGGCGGCCUUGGCGGCGGUGGAGGACUUGGUGGCGGUGGAGGACUUGGUGGCGGUGGAGGACUUGGUGGCGGUGGAGGACUUGGUGGCGGUGGAGGACUUGGUGGCGGUGGAGGACUUGGCGGAGGCUCCAGUGGUGGUUACAGUAGCUCAUCUUCAGGACAAUAUGGCGGAGGCGGUGGUGGUCAUGGAGACGGAGGUUAUGGGGGCUCUGGAGGUUAUGGUGGCGCUCCAGGAGGCUGCUCUGGAGGAUGCGGAGGCAGUUCGGGCGCUAAUUCGGGAGCUAAUUCGGGAGCUUAUGCUUCAGCAAGUGCAUCAGCAUCAGCCAAAAGUGGCAGCUAUGGAAAAUAAGAGAGUUUAUGUUUAUUAAUAUGCUUGACUGUGAAAGAGUAAUUUUAAGUUUAGAAAAUAAAAUAUUUUUGUAAUACCUAUGACACAUUGUUUCAAUUGCGAGUUCGCCCAACAGUACAGAAUAACAAGACUUUUUAUUAUAAAAGUAAUUUAUUGUUU